AUCACUCACUCUUAGUCUCACCAUUAAAUCAAUAUGGCAUGUUCCAUUGGUGGAUGACCUGACCUUACUACUAAUCUUCCUAGUCAGUUUACUUGGUGGCUUAGUGCCUAUGCACAUUUAUUUAUACCCAAUAAACAACACAAUUCUAUACACACUAACAAACUCUAAAUAAAACAUUUAAUGAAUUUCAUUGUUGAUAGCAGUUAGCAAAAUAAUAUGAGUGCCAAAUCCUCCAUCUUCACUAUCCAAAUUUCCUUCACUUUCAUACUUUUUUUAUCUUUUUUCUCAACCUAUAAAGUUCUUAUAAGAGCCACUCAUGACAAUAAAGAAGUUUCUAAUCUUACGUUAUAUGAUUCUUGUCAACCACCGUUACAGCCACCACAACCAUCAUCACCAUACCCAACAUAUUCCCAACCACCAUCGUCAUCAGGUCCAACAUAUCCGCCAGCACCACCAUCGGCACCGUCAUACUCUACAUAUCCCCCACCACCAUUGUCAUCAGACCCAACAUAUCCUCCACCACCACCACCAUCAUCAUACCCGAUGUAUCCGCCAGCACCACCAUCAGCACCAUCAUACUCAACAUAUCCCCCACCGCCAUCGUCAUUAGACCCAACAUAUCCGCCACCACCACCACCAUCAUCAUACCAAAUGAAUCCACCAGCACCACCAUCAGCACCAUCACACUCUACAUAUCCCCCACCACCAUCUUCAUCACCAUGCCCAACAUAUCCUACAUCGCCACCUCCACCACCACCAUCAUCGCCACCUCCACCACCACCAACAAGACUCCAAAUGGCAGCACAAGCCAUAAAACACUUUAUAAAAGAGAUUCGCGACGACAGAUGUGGUUUAACCGACCUUAUUAAAACACCUACACCUGAUUUUUGCAAGAACCCAAGAUUUGUGUGUGCAAGAACUCCAGAGGGACAAGAAGCACUCUACUCAAUUCAAUUCAAUGAGUGUUUCAUAAAGGGAAACAAUCCAAGCCACACAAUCACUAUCAAUAACUUCAUCGAAAAUCUCCCUGACAUCUCAAUCUUCCAUGCAAACUCCAACAACUUUGCUGGUAUAAUCCCAAAUCUAACUAACCUUCCUUACCUCUAUGAACUAGAUCUUAGUAACAACAAGUACACUGGAAACUUCCCACUUACACUUCUAGAAGCUUCCAAUUUAUCCUUUCUAGAUCUUCGAUUCAACUCAUUUAAAGGCACCCUUCCACCCCAAGUAUUCAAUUUACCACUAUUAGCCCUUUUCCUAAACAACAACAAAUUCAACAAAGAACUCCCUUCUAAUUUAGGAUCAACCCCAGCAGCCUAUCUAACAUUAGCCAACAACAAAUUUACCGGGUCCAUACCCAGAUCCAUUGAUCAAGCUUCAAAUACUCUGCGUGAAAUUCUGUUCUUGAAUAACAAGCUAUCUGGGUGUCUUCCAUAUGAGAUAGGUUUCCUAAAUAAGACUAGGGUUUUUGAUGUUUCUAUAAAUAGAUUAACAGGCCCAAUACCACACUCAUUUGCUUGCUUAGAAAAGAUGCAAUACCUUGAUUUGGGACAUAACAGAUUAUACGGGAGUGUACCAGAGGAGAUGUGUAAGUUGCCUUGCUUGAAAAGGGUGAAUUUGUGUGGUAAUUAUUUUACUCAAGUGGGGCCAGUUUGUAGGAAAUUGAUGAGAAAAGGGGUGUUGAAUGUAAGGGAUAAUUGUGUGUUGGGGCUUCCUGAUCAGAAAAUGGCAGAAACAUGUAAAAGGUUUUUCAAGAAGGCUAAAUCUUUUACUUGUGGGGAUGAUAAUGGAAUGAAAUAUAUUCCAUGUAGUAAUAGUGCAGCAUAUCUGAAUGGGAAUAAUAUUGGUGAGGUAGAGGCACUGUUAGAAAUUGAUCAAACACCAGUAACUUAUGCGGUUUUAACUCCCACUAUAAACUAAUUAAUGCAUUAAGCAUGUAAUUUACUAGUAAUUAUCCUUAUUCCUGUGGCUGUCAUCUACAAGUAUUAUACAAGUAUAUAUAAUACUCCCACCUAUUCACCCUAGGUGUCUCAUUUUCUUAUUGGGUCAA